AUGCCAACCAUUCCAUACCCUCUUGCUCUGAUCCAACUCUGGAUCGCCAAUCCAACGCUGCCAUGGUCCAAUCCGGUAUGGCAGUCUGUGACACACGUUCUUAGCGAACCUUGGGCGUACGACCAUGGCGAUGAUGCAACUGCUCUGGCCAAAUAUCAUGAUGUUACUGGAUGGACCGUGGGCAAGGCUCAGGCAGUUGAAGCUUUCAUCAACAACUGCAAAAUGGCUGAGGAACCUGCUGAACACUACGGUGUAAAACGACAAGAUAAUGACCAUGAAGGUCGUUGUUUAUGGAACACCUGGGUUAAGACUUCGUGGGCCAAAUGGAAUAUCAACAAAUUGGUCGAUGACAUCUUUGAAGACAGCGGUUGCGCGCCGCACAAUGUCAUGGCCAGGUUGAAUUGCAGGACUGCAGAUGAUUUUCCGACGAUGGAAGCUGCGCAGGUGAAACAGAUCGUCUCCAUCAAACUGGCUGAUGUGUUGUUUGGUGACGAUGCAUUCACCGACGGAUCCUUCCUUAUAGCGCCCAUCAUGACAGCGGGAGCUAACCUUCGGGCAGUCAUCACGGCCGCAAAUGCAAAACCCACGAUGGCCAGCAUCCGCACCUACAUGAAGAAAUUGGAGACCUUGUUCACCCUUCUUAGCGUGUUCAAAGACCAGGAGACGAGUAAGAACCUUGAUGCGCGUCGUGAACAGGUGAAUGCGAUGCUGGCUGCUGCCAAGAAAGAUCCCGCCAAAGCAGAAUUAAUAGCACGGCUUCCUAAAUCUCUACGGGAUGCGCUUGACAAGCUGGCCACUGAACGAGAAGUCAAGGAGCUCGAACUUCUGAUCGAGACCACACUUGCUGCAAUGGUGCCGCUUGAUGGCGAUGAGGUUGUGGUAGACUUCACAGAGAAUAUGGAUGUGAGUGACUGGAAGAGUGGAGUAGAGGAAUAUGACAAGUGCAGCGAGGAUGAUCUUUGGGAAUACCUAGGCCUGCCGGAGAAGAGACUACCUUUUUUCCAGACGCGAUCUGACCCUGACGCCGCCAUUGACCCGUGGAGUGAAGAAGGUCAGCGAUGGCUUGAUGAUCCGACGAGCCUGGCACAGAGCUUGACGCCUCGGUGGCACCAGCUAGUUGGCAUCCUGAGGCUAAUUGACAGGUUUUUGGACGGUAAGCCGGUGAUGCUGAUGGAUGGCGUUGGGGUUGGAAAAACCAUGCAGGCUGUUGGUUUGAUUGCGUGCCUUGCACACUACAAGGAUCAUUACAGGAAACACGGGAAGUUUCCUGGCAAAUUUUCACAACGUUGCCACCAGAAGACAGGUGGCAACAUUCCAGACUUACCAACCGUCAUCAUGAGUCCUCCUAACCUACAACAUCAGUGGAUGAGCGAAAUACAGCGCUAUCUAAGGCGAGCGACGUUUGACGUUCUUCCUUACGCGGGCAAAUAUACCGCACGUUCACAGUGGUGGUCAACGGCUUGGAGUAAAUGCCAGCAGCCUUCGAUACGGCGCAUCAUUUUGGCCACGACAAAUGCAGCGCAUGAUGAUGCAGUCACCGUAUUCAUCGAUAGCGAGAGGGACAGUUACGGGCAGCCGGUAGCUAGCCCUCGCUUUGAACGAACUGCCCCAAGUACCCUCUUCGGUCGUGGAUAUAACGUGACGUUUUUCGAUGAAGCUCACUGCGCAAGGAAAUACAAUAAAGUACACAUAGCAGCUCGAGGACUUCAGGAGAGAUCUCACUUAAUGGUUGCAAUGACUGCAACACCGGUCACCACAAAACCCACGGCGGGAGUUGAGGGAUCAAUGCUGCGAGGCGUUUUGGUCGGCAGCCAUAAUCCGGAGGCUGCUCAAGAAGAAUACCUACCUGCGAUGAAACAAUGGAUGGGGCGUAUGAGAGAGUGGUUCUCCCCUGCUGUCAUCCUUCAUACCCUAGAUUCCACUGACAGUACGGGCAGUAAGAUCCUGGGCCUCCCUCCCUAUCAUGACCAUAGCUUAAAAAUAAGGCUGCUUGACUGGGAGAUGGAGAAUUUGAGGAAUAUUGCACGGGGAUAUAUCGAUGACUGUCCCAUUGUAGGGAUGAGCAAGGUGAGGUCAAUUUUUCCAGACGUCCCCACCAAAAGCAUGAAGUUGGACGUCCUGGCUAAACUCCUGAAAUACCAUUUGGAGUCUGACGGUCGCCAGCCAUUGAUGAUGGAUGAGAGCGGUCGCAACCUGGUUCCUAACGUAGCCUUCACAGCUGGAAAUACUCACUCAGAUGAUCCAGACAGGAUCGUGGUAUUCUCGGCUUUCGUCACCUCCAAUCAGGCUAUCGUGGAUGUUUUGGACCUUCACGGCGUUCAUGCACUAGAACUUAAUGGACAGACACCCAUGAAGAAGCGCAAGGGCAUUUUGGAUGACUUCAGGUCAUCUGCGAGGACCAAAGGAGCGCGUGUCUUGAUUUUGUCAGGUGUAGGUAUGGAUACCCUUUGGUCGGAGCAGGACGAUCGCCAAUUGCGUGGGCGGAUCUACCGUCACCCUCAGCCCAAAGAGGUGCAUGUUUACAGAGCCAUCGCCUUGAAGACGGCCGAUGUCUUUCUCAAUAAUAUCUCAUUCUCAAAGGGCGCAAUGCAUGAGGCAUUUGUAGGUGCUGACAAGGAAUUUCGUAAGUGUCUACUUCAACUGACGAGGGCUUGA